GGUUUUCAUCAGCCUCCCAGCAUCCCCCGCGCUCCCUCUUCCCGGCCGCGGCCCCGAGGUAAUCUCCAAAGAUGGUUCGCUACUCACUUGAUCCCGAGAACCCCACAAAAUCAUGCAAGUCAAGGGGUUCAAAUCUCCGAGUUCACUUCAAGAACACUCGCGAAACUGCUCAAGCUAUCAAAGGAAUGCACAUUCGCAAAGCCACUAAGUACUUGAAGGAUGUCACCUUGAAAAAGCAGUGUGUUCCUUUCCGGCGUUACAAUGGGGGUGUUGGCAGAUGUGCCCAGGCUAAACAGUGGGGCUGGACACAGGGACGUUGGCCCAAAAAGAGUGCUGAGUUCUUGCUGCAUAUGCUCAAAAAUGCUGAGAGCAAUGCUGAGCUUAAGGGACUGGAUGUGGAUUCUCUGGUCAUUGAGCACAUCCAGGUCAAUAAGGCUCCCAAGAUGCGCAGACGCACCUACAGGGCUCAUGGUCGUAUCAACCCUUACAUGAGUUCCCCUUGUCACAUUGAAAUGAUCCUCACGGAAAAGGAGCAGAUUGUCCCUAAGCCCGAAGAGGAGGUGGCUCAAAAGAAAAAGAUCUCGCAGAAGAAGCUGAAGAAGCAAAAACUCAUGGCUCGAGAGUAACUCUGAUGUUUGAACAUCCAAAUUAAAAAAUGAAAUAGAC